GCUCCCUCCUCCUACGCAGGAAAAGGGCGUUCAUAUCACGCAGCUACAAAAAUAGGAGAAACUUUUCCGUGAAUGGACCCGGGCGGGCUCGGGAGGCUUGCACGCUCUGGGGCUGGUGAGGCGGUAGGUGGGCUGCCCCGGGGCUCGAACCGAGGGCGGGGCGACCACCCAGCCCCGCGGGCCCCGCCCUCGGCCGCUGACGUCACCACAUUCCCGCCGCGACUCCUCCCGCCGCCGCUGCAGCCGCAGUGACAGGCAAGCCCGGCGGGUGACGGGAAGUGCGGGCCGCGGGUGCGGGCGGGAGGUGACAGCAGCCACGCGGGGAAGAUGGCUGAGGACUUCGGCUUCUUCUCGUCGUCGGAGAGCGGGGCCCCCGAGGCCGCCGAGGAGGACCCGGCGGCCGCCUUCCUGGCCCAGCAGGAGAGCGAGAUUGCUGGCAUCGAGAAUGACUCGGGUUUCGGGGCACCUGCCGCCAGCCAGGUGGCCUCUGCGCAGCCCGGACUCGCGAGCGGGGGUGGUUCGGAGGACAUGGGGACUACAGUCAAUGGAGAUGUGUUUCAGGAGGCUAACGGGCCUGCCGAUGGCUACGCUGCGAUUGCCCAGGCGGACAGGUUGACUCAGGAGCCUGAGAGCAUCCGCAAGUGGAGAGAGGAGCAGAAGAAAAGGCUGCAGGAGUUGGAUGCUGCCUCGAAGGUGACCGAACAGGAGUGGCGGGAGAAGGCCAAAAAAGACCUGGAGGAGUGGAACCAGCGCCAAAGUGAACAGGUUGAGAAGAACAAGAUCAACAACAGGGCAUCGGAAGAGGCUUUUGUGAAAGAAUCCAAGGAGGAGACCCCAGGCACAGAGUGGGAGAAGGUGGCCCAGCUGUGUGACUUCAACCCUAAGAGCAGCAAGCAAUGUAAAGACGUGUCCCGCCUGCGCUCGGUGCUCAUGUCCCUGAAGCAGACGCCACUGUCCCGCUAGUGCCUGUCACCACGGGCCUUGGUGGGGCAGAGCAGCAGCUGCUUCAGCCAGGGUGGAACUUCUCUGGCAGCUGCCACACACGCCUGUUCUGUUCCUCUGAGUCUCUGGGAGCUGGGAAGCGGGACCCUUACCCCUUUCACCCACCCUGUCCUUCCUGGUCCCCUGUUCCAGCCCCUCAUGACUCCUGUCAGUCCACUUGAUUGUGACUGUCCCUCCUGAUGUAUUUUUCUUGGCUUAAAGGGUGUGUUAACUCUUUUUACACUUA